CUAAAAUGCAAACAGAGAGGCGUUAGAAUUGUGCAGUACACUUACGGGAGGACAACCAUAUCUGAUUCAAACACUGCAAGUCAGAAGAAGAACCAAGUAGCAUCAAGAGUCUUUAUAGUAGCAGAAUACAUUGCCAAACAGGUGGGAUUGCCUGCCUGAUCACUACCGUAAGCUUUAGUCAGAACACCGAGAGGUCACUAUGGCAGUUACUCUGUGCCAAGUGAUGGGGUUUGUGCUGAGCACCUUGGGGGUUGGCGGGGUCAUUGCGGCCACUGGGCUAGACCAGUGGAGCACCGAAGACCUCUACAGCAACCCGGUGACGGCGGUCUACUCCUACUACGGCCUCUGGAGGUCCUGUGUGAGGCAGAGCUCUGGGUUCACCGAGUGCCGGCCAUACUUCACCAUCCUCGGCCUGCCAGGUCUCUUCCAAGCAGUGAGAGCCUUGAUGAUCGUGGGAAUCGUUGUUGGAGCAAUUGGCAUCCUGAUUUCGAUUUUUUCUCUGAAGUGCAUUAAAAUAGGAUCCAUGGAAGAUACAGCCAAGGCUAACAUGACCUUGACAUCUGGGAUCAUGUUUGCUAUCGCAGGUGUCUGUUCUAUUGCUGGAGUUUCUGUUUUCGCCAAUCUGGUAGUGACUACCUUCAUGAUGACCACCUACAGCACUCCAUUUUUGGGAAUGAGUGGACUGGGCUCUGGGGCGUUAGGGGGAACUCUUACUCCCAGGUAUACAUUUGGAGCCGCCCUCUUUGUUGGCUGGGUGGCUGGGGGUGUGUUGAUUGUAGGCGGGGUUAUGAUGUGCCUGGCCUGUAGAGGAUUGAUGCCAGAAAAGACUCGCUUCAAUGCUGUAAGCUAUAGAGCGCCCUCCCACAACACCAACUACAGGUCUGAGGACAGGAACAGGCCAGCCUAUGACGGGUCUUUCAAGGAGGAUGGCAGGAGAUCCAACCAAAGAUUUGACUAUGUAUAAACCCGGUCGAUUUCAAUUUUAACAUUAAAAUAGCAUUUGGCAGUAGCACUGGUAAUUCAAUUAAUGGUACUAAUGUGCACCAAAUGUUCUUUAAUGUAUACUAAUGAAUACCUUAUAUAUGCAUAUAAUUCUAAUAUACUGUUUUGUAAUAGAUGGUUAUUGUUACGGUUUUCGGCUCUCACAACCCACAACAUAAAUGAAGCGGACAACAGUAUUGAAUUGCGAAUUAGAAUAACAAUUUAUUUUCCAAAGGUAUAAUCAAAGGUAGAAUCAAAAACACACUCUGCCCACGCCAAGCCUACUGCCAAGAGGCCUGACGUGCAAAAAGGUUAAAAAGGGAGAAGGAGAGCACAAGAGAAUUGAUGCUGAGCCCCUUUAACAGGUGCCGCCAAUUAUCCACUUUGCCCCCUCUCACCACUGGUCCACACCUAUUGAUUCUUUUUUCUCUAGAUUCCUUGGGUUCUGCUGAGUUCAAAGCCCUGUCAAUUUCCGCCAUGUUGGUUUUCCAUCUUUCUGACUUUUAUGAAAGACACAUUUUAAACAUCUCCUAUUUCUCUGAGCAGAGUAGGCUGACCAAAAGUUUCAAGUUUAGCCACUUGUGGGGCGAAAUACAUUUCUUGUUGGGGACCAUUACAGCAAUGGACCCUAUCAAAUAAUGUGCCUUUUUCAUUGGUCAUUUCGUUUUUCAGCCUUCUUGGCUGGUUUUGUUGAAAACAUAUUUAAACCUCUCCUCAUAGAGAUAUUGCUCAAUCUAGCUGCAAUUUUUGGGUAUUACUUCUUUGGUCAUCGUCUUUAAGUUGCUAGGAGCUCUGUCUCACACAGAAUUUGACGAGCAUGUUUUUCACUUCAUUAAUGAAUGAAAAGUAGUUACACCUCAUCGCACAUGCCACCAUUUUGGCAAAGAUUCAGGAACAGGAAGUGAGGUGUUUGUCCAAAAUUUCAAAUAUAUUUUUGGCGAGAGGCCCUGGGGGUGUACAGACUGAACGGGGCAAACUCAGUAGUGCCAUCUAGUUGCUAAAACCAAAUUGGCCAUAUAUCUGGUUCCAUUGCUCCUGCAUCAGUAAAACUUGAAAUUAUGCGCAUAUCAGAGCCCAGAGAGCAAAAGUGUGUCGAAGGUGCCAAUAUACCCAGUCAGCUGACUUGGAUAUUUUUUUCAAUUGUAGUGCUUGGCCCCUUCAUUGCUGCUUUGAGCUUUCCUUAUUAAUAAUAAUAAGAAGAUUAAGAUUAUUAUUAUUAUUAUUAUUAUUAUUAUUAUUAUUAUUAUUAUUCACAAAAGAGCAGAAACUAAAAUGUAAUAUUCACAUCCUGUAGUUAUGGGAAAAAUACUACUUAACACCUCCAGGAUCUUCAUGUGGACAUGUGGUAAAAUAAAGUUGAUGUAAUAAAUUAAUUUGUUUACAUUAAAUGCGAUAGCUUGUCUGUUUGUAUGUAUUUACAAAAAUUCUAUUACAUUGCAAUUGGCAGAUUUUUACUACAAGUUAUAGAAUUGUAUGUAACUAUAUGUAACUAGUUUUAUCAUACUGUGCAAAAUGUAAUUUGUACCUUGAGUUGACAUUUUAUAUAAAAUGGGGAGCAAAACUAAUUGGACACUUAUCCGCUUUCUUGGCCAGCUGUGUGGCCAAGAAAGCCUUUGCAUCAUUAGUUAAUGCACAAGAAAGCUACCAAAAGGUCUAGAGUUGAUACUAGUUGUGAAAUUUGCAUUUGGUUGUUGUCUCUCAAUCAAAUAAGUGUCAAUAUCAGUAAUACAAUCUACCAUGAGUCUGAGAAAUCAUGUAAAAACCAAUUAUUUGAUACAUUGUUGGGAAGUAAGAAUGCACUGGUGAGCUUGUGGAAUGUUCUUGACUGGCCAAGUCAAUCACCCGUCCUGAAUCCAAUUGAAGUAUAGGUCUGGCAGAAGAUCACCAUGGAAGAUGCCCAGCAUCUGAUGAUAUCUAUGGGUUCCAGUCUUAAGGCAGUCAUCAAAUGCAAAGGAUUCUUCAACCAAUUGCUAAAUUUGAUUACUUUAUUUCAGAUUGUUAAUUUGUCCAAUUACUUUUGCUCCCCUAAAAUGGAGGGACUAUGUAUAAAUAUGGAAUGUAAUUUGUACACGGAUCAUUGGAAAUUAAUGUAAAUAUCCUCAAAUUAAAGGUGACAGACUCCA